AUGGAUGAAGCAAAAGUCCUGAAGCAGCCGACGGAACAGUUCAUCACUACCAUCUACCCUACGGUGCACACGAAGCGUAGCUUCAUUCGUUCGAAGUCAAAUAAAGAAGCGCUUUCGAUCUUAAAAUCCUGGUCAGAGCUGAACAAGGACCUCGACAAACAAAAAUCAAGAACAGUCAGACUUCCGAGUUUUGGUGCUGGUGGUUAUGGCGACCGCUUCGCUACGCUUUGGGAAUGGCCUUUAGGAGAGCCGUUCAUUUAUUCAGAUGAACACAAAUUUGAAGCGCAACUUUGUUUCAGUCCAUUUUUGCCGGAUCAAAUUAAGGCGAAGGUCAUGGGAAACGAGCUGAUGGUGCACUGCAAGACGGACAAUCUGCAGGCCACACACCGAGAAAUAUUCCGUUGCUACCAGCUGCCUUUAAAUAUCGAUAUUGGAUCAAUACAAUUUUCUAUCGUCGAUCAUAAAUAUUUGGUUGUACGAGCUUCAAAAGAUAAGCCAAUAAAGCUGGCGUUGGCAUUCGAUGCGUCAGAUGGCAAAAGCGAAACGAAUUUUAACGAUGAAGCCUACAUUACAGACAAAUAA